CGGAAUCUGGACGUCAAGGUGACAAUCAGUCCUACGGUGAUCGCGGCGAGCCGGGCCCGCACGCUUAUUUGUGGCAUCACAUUGCACUGCAUCGAUACCUCGGGCGGGGAUUCUCUGUAUCGUCGAGAAGAGAAGCGCCUCCGGCUCUAAGUUGAGCGCUCCGCCACGGGCUCCUGACCGGAAGACCAUGGCUUCGAGCGCGCGCCUCGAGUACACCUGCACGGGUGGUGGUAGAUAUGCAUGACCUGCUAUGGUUGUCGUUUUGAACGCCUACGCGAGCGCCAUUCGUCGCAUCGGACUGACGCAGACAGCUGGAAAGCUAUAAAAGAGGGCUGAAUCGGCCCUCGUACCGUCAGCCUACCAGGUCUCUUCACCAGUAGCAACAACCUCCAGCACUCACAAUGCGUUUCUCCGCCAUCGUCGCCCUCGCCGCCUCCAUCGGCUUCGCCGUGGCCACCCCGUCUCCCGCUACGCCCGCCCCUGCUGCUCACGGCGGGAACGACGAAGCGGUGCUCCACACCGAGUCCGGGUGCGGCUCGUCGGGUCCUCUGGGCACCGGCCACUUCGUGUGGUUCAUCGACGUGGGCUGCAACCCUGGGGCCACGAUGACAUGCCAGGCGACCGACUCGACCGGAUGCCUCCCCGGCAACCCGGACCACAUCGGCUCCAUGGAAGUCGACGAUCCGAACGACACUGUUCAGUUCGCGAAGAAGUCGAACACGAACUCGGUGACGUUCGUGUGCCCCUCGGCCGGUCAGGUCCGCUGCCAGGCCAACUUCAACGACAGCGACGACGGCCCUGGCUACAGCCUCCGUGUCUUCUGACGAGUCAUUGAGCACCGCGGUUAUCAGAUGGACAUGGAGCGAUGACGGGACCAUAGAACGGUAUAUGUCAUGGGACGGGUAGUAGGCCGUAUCCCUUCCGAGUAUUACGGUCUAUUUCUCGAACUGGUAUAUCUGCAUUGUAGGGUAUCGGUCAGAAAUUCAUCGCGAGAUCUUCGUAAACUGUACUCAAUGCCGGCAGGACAGUCAUGCAGGCACAGCGGCACAUACCGGAGUCCAAGGAAAGCGGUCAAACCAGAAUAUAUGCUCCCUAAUUGAAAUAUUUAUGUUAGUACAAACUACG